AUGCCAGUACUUGAUACACGAUUAGACCUGCCCACACUAUUUUCAAAACAGGUCUCUGCGACUCCGGACGCUUCUGCGUUAGAGGAUGAGAAUGUCGCAUACACAUAUGCCGAGCUCGAUGCGAAAGUCGACGCCUUGACACAACGACUGCGAGGGUACGGAGUUGGCCGAGACAGUCUCGUUGGUGUGCUGUUGGGUCGAAGUGCCGACUAUGUCAUUGCUUGUCUUGCCAUCCUCCGCGCAGGAGGAGCAUUCCUUGUCUUGGAGUUGGCGUACCCACCGGAUCUGCUGUCAGAUGUGCUUGAGGAUGCGGCUCCAGUAGUCGUUAUCACACAGACUGCAGAAGUUGGGAAGAUCAAGGAAGGGACGCCAACAAUCAUCAUUGACGACAAGACCAACGAUACAAAUGGCUCGACUUUUGAGCUUCCACCUCUGCCAUCAGAAACAGAUCUGGACCGAUUGUGUUUCGUUGCAUAUUCUUCUGGCACGACGGGCAAGCCCAAAGGGAUCGCAAAUCCCCACAGAGCUGCUGUUCUUUCCUACGAUCUAAGAUUCGGUGUCAGCGAUCAGAAGCCCGGUGAUCGAGUCGCCUGCAACGUGUUCUUUGUAUGGGAAAUCCUCAGGCCAUUACUUCGUGGUGCUACCGUUGUCACUGUGCCUGACGAGACCAGCUAUGAUCCAAACUUGCUUGUGGAUCUGCUCGCAUCAAAGAAGAUCACAGAGACUUUGAUGACACCAACGCUCCUGGCUGCUGUUCUUUCGAGACAUCCCCAGAUAGGCAAACGACUUCCUGAUCUACGAACAUUACUGUUGAACGGCGAGGUGGUUACCACUGAUCUCGCCCGACGUGCACUGAAGGCUCUACCUCAAACACGCUUGCUGAACGUGUACAGCGCAUGCGAGACACACGAGGUUGCAACGGGCGACGUUAAAGAGAUGCUAGGCGAAUUGAACGACGAUGCUGUCUAUUGUCCGGUCGGACCCCUACUAGUCCCAAAGCGUACGUAUGUGCUGGAUGAUAGUGGACAGCGUGUUGAGAAGGGAGAAAGCGGCGAGCUAUUCGUGGGUGGAAAGCUACUUGCCCGAGGCUACAUCAAUCGUCCUGAGACUACAGCACGAGCCUUCAUCCCAAAUCCAUUCGACUCGUCGCCGGGUGCAGUAAUGUACAGAACCGGCGACCUGGCUCGAAUCCUGCCUUCUGGUCUCCUCGAGAUCACUGGCCGUGUCGGUGCGAUGAUCAAGCUUCGCGGCUACUCUGUCGUACCCGGCAAAGUUGAGAACGCAAUCGUCAAGAACCUAGCUGUAAAGGCAUGCGCGGUGGUUGCUCAUGGCGAAGGCUUGGAUCGACAGCUUGUUGCCUACGUAGCACCCGAAAAGGAUGCAUCAGAUCGACCGACUGUCGAGAUCAAUGAUUCUGGCCACAGCCCGGGAGCUCGGAGUGUACUCAAACCAUUUCUCGCGCAGUAUAUGAUCCCAGCGCUGUGGGUGCAGGUCGACGGUUUGCCCACCCACGAGGUCUCCGGCAAGGUCGACCUGAAGCGACUUCCGCCUCCACCUCUUCCGGGCGCGGUCAAUGGGGCAAAGAAGGAAGAACGCGAUCCCAUCGGCAUUGACGACAUCGCCGAGAUCUGGGCAACCACGUUACGCACCUCGCGGACGAACAUCACGCCUGAAAACAGCUUCUUUGAUCUUGGUGGCCAUUCUUUGUCAUUAGCUGAGCUUGCCUCUAGACUAUCAAAAAGCUUUGGCUUCCGGGUUCCUGUCGCGCGGCUAGCAGACCCGCCCACGCUCAACGGCCACCUCGAGACAGUACGGGCCGUUCGUGACGGCCAAAUUGCGGCCGUACAGGCCGAUCUCCCAGCGGUGUUGAAGGCAGACAGCGUCCUCGACGAGGACAUCAAGGCCUCGGGCGCCACCAUGAAGUCGAUCAAGAAUGCGAGCACCGUGCUUUUGACUGGUUCGACGGGCUUUCUGGGUGCCUUCCUUCUCAACGAUCUGCUAGAAAGCACGACAGCCAAAAUCAUCUGCCUUGUUCGUGUCAACGACCCGAGCGAAGACGAUGUCCCGUCAGGCAUCGCGCGCAUUCGUCGCAAUAUGAUCGAUUUUGGGAUCUGGAAUGACUCAAUCAUGGACAGAAUGGAGGUAUUGCCCGCCAAUCUGUCUAGGAAACGGUUCGGCUUGGCACAAGAAGACUAUGAUGCUCUGGUCACCGAGAUGAAAUCGAAUGUCAUCGUCCACGCUGCAGCUGCGGUCAAUCUGGUGUACCCUUAUGCAGCUCUCAGGAAUGCCAAUGUUGGAGGCACUCGCGAGAUCCUCCGUCUGGCGUGCAAAGCUGGCGCGACUGUGCAAUAUGUCUCGACCAACGGUGUGCUGCCACCCUCUCAAGGCGGCUGGCCGGAAGAAGCUAUGCUCGGCAUUGAACAUGUUCCCACCAAGCUUGCCGAUGGCUAUGGUCAAUCGAAAUGGGUGGCUGAACAGCUUGUGGUUGAAGCUGGCCGGCGAGGUCUGCCUGUGCGCAUUCUUCGAGCUGGAACUAUCUCAGGUCAUAGCAACACGGGAGCUGCUAACGCUUGGGACUUGCUGAAUGCCUUGAUUGUAGAGUCCAUCCGCAUUGGACACUAUCCUGACGUGCCUGGCUGGAGAGCUGAGAUGACUCCUGUUGAUUUCGUGAGCAGAGCAAUCGUACAUCUCGCCACGCACACAGAUCCGAGUCAAACAGUCUUCCACCUCGGCGAUCCGGACCCAGUACCAUGUAGCCAGGUCUUCGAGGAUCUUGCCGAGCUAGGUUACCCUACCAAACCCAUGCCAUUCGACGCGUGGGUGGCUCUCUGGAACGAACAGCGAGCAUCUCACAAAGGCGGCGACGGAGCCUUCACAAUCGAUAUCCUGCGCUCCGGUAUGCCAUCAAUCGAAUUCCUUCGCGGAAUCGUCGUGCUUAAUAACACCAUGACGCGCCCCUUUCGCACGGCCGUGGCACGACCCAGAGUGGACAAAGUCCUCCUCGAGACCUACACUCGCCACUGGCACGCCCGCGGCUGGCUCCGCUCACCACCUUCUAUGUCCCUCUCGAAAGGCGGCUCAGCCAAGCAACCCCGCUUCGGGCCCCUCAGCGGCAACGUCGCAGCAGCCCUAGCCCACGAGGGCUGCCAUCUCGCCCUUGCUGCCCGCCGGGUCGACGCCCUCGAAGCAGUGAAGAAGCGUCUUGUCGUCCGAGAAGGCAAAGUCAUCAUCCGCAAGACAGACGUAACGUCCCGCAAAGACGUCGAAGCACUAGUCAAGGACGCCGAAAGCGAGCUCGGGCCCGUCGACAUUCUCGUCUCCUGCGCCGGAGUCAUGUACUUCACCAUGAUGAAGAACGUCGUCUCGACGAGCAUGCUCUCCCGCGGUUCGGGGCAUAUCGUCGCCAUCUCCUCCGACGCAGGCCGCAAAGUCUUCCCCGGACUAGGCGUGUACAGCGCCAGCAAAUUCUUCGUCGAGGCAACCCUGCAGAGCUUGCGGCUAGAGACCGCGGGGUCUGGGCUGAGGGUUACAAGUGUGCAGCCGGGGAACACGCAGACUGAUUUGUUGGGGAUGAGCAGUGAUCAGGAGGCGGUGAAGAAGUAUGGGGAGCCCAGUGGGGCGCAGAUACUGGAUCCGGCGGAUGUGGCGAAUGCGAUUGUGUAUGCGUUGAGGCAGCCCGGGCAUGUGGCUGUGAAUGAGGUGCUGAUUGAGCCGAGGGAUGAGCCCAUCUAA